AUGAAAAGUGUAUAAAAGCCAACCCAAAUUUAAGCAAUAAAUAGGCAAUUCUCUGUAUCUAAAGAUAUGGGAAAUUUUUCUAUGUAAUCUCCAGAUAAAUAAAUCUAUUGUCCAAAAACAUAAUCAUAAGCAAAGAUUUAAUAAUAUGGUCCUUCCCCAUAUAUUUAAUCACCUCAAUUUGAUGCUAAGUAAGUAAACUAAAAUAACAUAAUUAUUUAACCUUCACCUCCUUAAAAAUUAGACAACUCCUAUCAAUAUAAGCCUAGUGUAAAAAAUGGAUCACAGAACAAUGAUAUUUUUAAGCCACAUAAUCAACAAGAAGCAAUUAAAUCUUAAAAUGAAUUUAAACCAUAAUAUGAAACUUAUAAAUAUGAAUAUAACAAGACUUUUGCAGGAACUUUUUAAAGUGAUGCAAAUAAAGAUUUAAUAACAGAAAGAAAAAGUAAUACAACCAAAAAAGAUGGAACAACUCUUAUUGAUUCAAAAGAAAAUUAUUAAUAAUUAUAAGCAAAGUCUUCAUUCACAGAUAAUCAUCCUACUGUAGGUAAUAGUAGAUUAUCUUCAUAAAAUAUUAAUCUGAUCUAAUCAAAACCAAAGUUAUAAACUGAAAUUUUUAAAAUAUCUGGUUCUUUAAGAGAUUUAAUGUCAUCUAUCCAGAAGAUGAUGGGAGAUGUUAGAUUACCUGAUCAAAUUAAUGAUAAAAUGAUUGAAAUUUUAGCUAAUUUUAGAAAAAUAGAAGAAAUAGCAAAUAAUGAACCUAUUGCAGCAUCUGAUAAUGAUUCAAAGAUUUCUACUAUGGCAGAAGAUUACAAUAAAUUAAAAAAUAUCCUUGAAUAAUUAUAAACAAAAAUGACAGCGCUGGUUUAAGAGAAUUAAAAAGUAAUUAUUAAUUGAUAAUUUUAGUUAAAUAAAAAUUUAAUAGAAUAAGAAUAAAAAGUAGCAGAAGAAAUUAAAAAAAAAUAAAUAGCUGAAGAAAAAGCAAAUCAAGCUAAUAAAGAAUUUAAUCGAGUAUUUGAAUGUCUUUAAAUAAAUCAAAAAGAAAAUGAAGAACUUAAAAAUAAAAUCAUUUAAUUAGAAAGUUAUAAAAAUUUGUCAAGUUAAAACAAUAACAGAUUAUAAGUUGAUGAAAUUAAUAAUUAUAAAAUAAAAAAUCAAUAACUUUAAAACGAACUUGAACAAUUGGAAUAAAAAUACAAAUAAUUAUUGACAGAGAAGAAUUAAUAAAAAGAGAUUCCUAAAUCACCAUAAAUUCUUAAAUCAAUUCAUGCUAGUAGUUCAAAAUAAUCAGAAUAAUUGGAAUUAAAAUUAUUAUAACUUUAGAUAGAGAAUGAUAAUUUAAAAGCUGAGAUGGCUCAUAAUUAAGUUGAUUCAAAAGUGAUCGAUAGUAAAAAUGAAAUGAUUUAGAAAUUAGAAGAUAAAAUAAAAUCAAUUUUAAAAGAAAAAAGUAUUUCUGAAGAAUAAUCUAUUUAGAUUUGUAAUAAUUUAGAAAUUUUGAAUGAAUAAUUAAAGAAUGGUUUAUAAAAUAAAGAAAUAGAAGUAUCUAAUCUUUAAAAAUAAAAAAAUGAAUUAGAUAGAGAAUAUAGAAAUUAGAUAAACAAUUAUAAUUAAAUGAUAAAAGGAGCAGAAGAUAAGAUUUAGAUAGCAAAACAAGAUUAUUAAAAGUUAUUAGAAGAAUUUAAACAGAUUGAUAUUAAAAAAGGGAAAUUGUAAGAGGAGUUAAGAAAUGCAGAAAAAAAACUAGAUUAAUAAAAUCAAGAAUUAUCAUUUACAAAAGGUGAACUAAAGAAAAACACAGAUAGAAAUUAAUAGCUUCAAAUAUAACAUGAUUAAAUGAAUUAGUAAUUAUAGUAAUAAACAACAUUACAAUAAUAAUUACUUUAAUAAAUAGAAGGAUUGAAAUAAAAUGAAUAAAAAAUGAGAGUGGAAUAUGAGAAACUUGAUAAAUAAAUGUAGGCUGUAAAAUCUGAGAUGAAAUAUUAAGUAACCGAGUUAAAUGAGAUGAUAUCGUUGUAAGCUAGGAAAACUUAAGAAAAAGAAAGAUAAUUAAAUGAAUUGAUUGAAGAAAUGGGUGGUAUGAAGGAUUAAUAUGAAGUAUAGAAAAGACUUUGUUAAGAGAAUGUUAAUGAUUUAGAAAGAAGAUUAAAAAAUGUUAGGUUAUAAUAAGAAGAACUGUUAUAAGUGAAAGAAUAAGAAAUUGUAGAUUUAAAAUAAGCUAUGGAAUAAUAAAUAAAAAUGCUAGAUAAAAGAAAUGCAUUAACUUCAUUUGAUUUUGAUUAAAGAGAAUAAUAACUUUAAGUAGAAUUAUAAAGUAAAAAUGAUUAAAUAGAAGCAUUAAAAUCAGAAGUAGAAAAAGUUAGGAGCAAUAAUUUUAAUAUUUAAGAAGAAUUAUUAAGAUAAGGGAUGGUAAUAAAUCAACAUUAAGCUACAAUUGUCGGUUAUAAAAAUGAAUUAGCAUAAUCUAGAUAAGAAUAAUAACAUUUAAGUGAGAUGUUAAAAAAGAGAAAAGAAGAAACAGAAUAAUUACAUUAAAAUUUAGAAGAGAUGAGAAGGGAAGUUUAAAACAAGAAGAUGUCAGAUGAUAGUAGGAGUAUUAAUUUUAUUUUAUUCUUAUUUUAGGAUCAGUAUUAAGAUAAUAAGAUCUUUAGAUUGCUUUAGAGAAUUUAUCUAGAGAAAAUUUAAGCUUAUAAUAAAAAAUAAAUGGGUUUACAAAUGAAAUGAAUAGAAAAUCCAGAGAAUUAUAAGAGAGAAAUGAAGAAUAUCAAAUAUUAAAGAGAAAGUAUGAUGAAACUGUAGCAAAUUUAGAAAGAUUAGAGAAGAGAUGGGGAGAGAAAAUAGAUUUACAUAGAAAAAAUUGA